UGGGGCGUCACACGACGAUGAGCGGCGCCAUGAAAGACCCGAGGCUAAGUCAGGCCGUCGCCGGCGGCGAAGGCGCCCCGAGCGUGCAAAGCGGCCCGCCGAAUUCCGACCCCUUCGCCGAGUACAUGUGGAUGGAGCACGAGGAGGAGUUCAACAGGCAGGUGGAGGAGGAGCUGUGGGAAGAGGACUUCAUGGAGCGCUGCUUCCAGGAGAUGCUGGAUGAGGAGGAGGCGUCGGAGUGGUUCGUCCCGGCCAGAGACCUGCCGGACGCCCGCGGCCAGAGGGCGGAUCGACCGACGACCAACAUCCCGAGCGUCCUGAACCCCAACGCCAAGGAGUUCACGCCGGGCAUCCAGAAGCACGUCAUGUGACCGAACGCCGUCACGUCAUGCGCAAGAUGGCUGCGGCGUCUCCGCCCAAUGGAGUGUGGGCGCGUCGGCUCGAUUGGCCGCCAUGCCGCUGGUGUGUUAUGUCGCGU